UCGGUUCCACGAAUUUGUAAAACUCUAUUUUCGGGUGAAAACUGAUGACCCUGUUUUCAUCUUCAUCACUUGUAACUGAUUCCAAAAGUAAAUUAACUUUCCCUUAAUAAGAGUAGGAAGAGACAAAAUCCUGUUAUGAAGAUGAGGAGGAUGAGGAAGAUGAUGAGAAAAAAGAUGAGGAUCAAGAUUAGGAUCAUCAUGUUAGAUAAUUUAGAAACUGUUCACUUCGAGCAUUAGGAUACUCGAUAAAACGAACAAUUUUCAAAAUGAUUUAGGUGUUUUUACAUUUUUUUCUCGAAUCAUCUACUUUUUGUCACAUCUUAAUCGAUGAAAUUUAAUUCUGUGAUUACUGUUAAUUACUUUACUGUAACAAUUAACUCCACUUUCACUGGGACCAGAAAUUGAAUCAGCUGUUAACAAAUUGUUUAUUGUGAGUUUUGGUUUUAAUUAAUCAACUUUCCAGCAUUUUUGUUGGACUUUAAAUAUUCAAUAAUGAUCAUGGUUAAAGUGAUUCAAUCGAUAACAAUUAACUUUUCUUGCCUAAUUUUCACAGUUUUAAUUAGUUCUGAACCAAUUUAUGGAUUGAUUAAAUCACCAGGAGACAAUUUAUUAACGUCAUCAUCCUCAUCAUCACCAUCAGCUGAUUGGUUACUAUUACCAACUAUAGUUAAAAGUAAAUUAACUCAUGCAAAUUACCUGAUAGUUAACGGUGAAAAUGGUAAAACCAAUUAUAAACAAUUAGACAACAAUCAACGUAAUGAAACUAGGGGAACAAUUAACUCUCUUCCAAUAUUGGAUCCAUUAGAUUUAAAAUCAAUGUGGUUAUUAACUAAUCAUCAAAGUGAUUUCAUCAAUGCGACUCUUCAUCACGUAACAAUUAGUGGUUUAAAAUCAAUCAAAAUUAAAGAUAUCUCAUCAAAUGAUUUAACUCAAAGUCUUUCAAUAUUGUUACAAUUUACUGGAUUAAAGAUUACUGGUCAUUAUCAAGUGACUCACCAAACUAAUCAGCCAACAAGGAUCAACAAUUUGGAUAAACAAUUAAUCUUUGGCAAGAGUGAAAUGAUUAACAAUGAUUCUGGUUCAUUUGAAAUUCAAAUUGCCAAUUGGUAUACAUCUUGGUUUGCUCAUGUGAUUAACUACAAUUUAACUAGUAGUUCAUUGAUUGUUGUAAAUCCUUGGUGUAAAAGCUAUCAUGACAUGGAAACUCAUUCAUUCAAUUCAAAUUCAACUAAAUAUCAAUGUGACUCGAAAUGUUAUCAGGCUUUUGAUUCAAUUGCUUCAAUCAUUUUGGGUCGAGUUACAAGUGAAAUUGAUUCACAUUUGAUGAAGUUAAUGAAUCGAUUGAUUGAAGAGGAAACACCAAUCAAUUGGAUUGAACGGUAUAAUUUAGCUUUAAACCAUCACAAUAAAGGAGAAAAACAAUUGAUUACUAUGGAUUCAAAUGGUAAUUCUGUUGAAGAAUCACAUUCACGAAGUAAACGUCAAGUCCCUUGUAAAGCAGGUAAAGAAUUAGAUGAAUAUGUGGACAGUUUAUUUCGAUUUGCAGCUCGAAUUAUUCGAGUAAUGGAACCUUUUUCAACGCCAAAUGCAACAAUUUACCUUCCCGAAUACAAUAUUAAGAUCUUUCUCUAUGAAGGAAGUGCCACUCGAGCAUAUUCACUACAGCGUCGUAAAUCAGCUUGGGUUCAUUGUUCAAAUGAAUCGGUUUCUUUAGGAUUAACUCUUGGAUUUGAAAAUCUUCGAGUUCGAUACAAAUAUCGAGCGAUUCACGAUUGGAAACUAUUGUGGGAUGGAGACUUCGAAGCUGAUAUACAAGGAUCGAAGACGCAAGUUCAAUUUACUCAGACAACACCUAAAGGAGAAGAAGAUUCCCAAGUGCAACAGCGAGUCGAUCGACUUCGAAUUGGAAAAUUGGGCAAAAUUCGACUCAUAAUUCGAGGUCUUGGUAACUUGACCCAAGGUGUCGGCCUUUGGUUAUCCCAAUACCUCAACGAUCCGUACAACCAGAAAGCUUUAGCGCCAACGAUAAGACGAUUAGAGGCCGAAGCGGUUCCAAUGAUUAACGUCAUGUUACAAAAUUUUACUGUCCCAUUUUUCACAAUCAUUUAAUUUGAUUACAAUUUUUUAUCUCAAUUGGCCAAUAUCAUCAUUUUCCUAACCAUCAUCACCACCUUAUCCCUCCAAUCCUCAUCUUUAUCAUCUUCAUCAUCAUCAUCAUCAUCCGAAACUGAUCUGAUUCCGUUUCGAAAAGUUUUUUUUAACUUUCCUUUGUUUUUUUUCAAUUCAUUUCCUUUUUUUGUUACAACUUUUCAAAAUGUAAAUAAAUCAUCUUCACACUAAUUAACAGUUUAAUUAUAAAUUCAAAUUGUAAUCAUCAGAAAGAA